GUCGUCCUGCUGCUCUGCUGAGCCUGCAGGUCAGGUCUGGAAGGUCCCUCCUGCUGGAGAGUUAAGGCUGCGUUUAUCUGCGAGUUUAAAUCCCUGGAAGCUCUGCGAGUUGUGCCUCUACUCUCCUCUCUGGAGCCACUGUGUAACCUAAUCAAGACCCUCAUCUGGUUCUUGAGCUCAGCUGACCCGUGUGGGUAGGCUAUUCUGGGGAGCAAGAAGUUGUUUACGUUCUUCAUUUCUGAAAAGUCACGGGCCACCAGCAACUUAAGAAACGAAAGUAAAAUCAGCUGAUAGUGACAUCAGCACAAAUAUACCAAAGUUCAGAGCUGUUUACUCAGACACAACUGUGAAUGCAAGCAGGACAUCAGGAGUGUGUCUGCCGAGAUUCCUCGCCACUGCCCUCAUUCCUGGAACCUAACUUUAGAAAGCCAGCAAGAAGCACGACUCACCGCCCAGACCUGACUGCCUGCUCCACCGUUUCAUGAGUGUUCCUGUGGGCUCUGCACCUUCUUUUUGUGACAACCUGUUUGCCCUGUAAGGAGCCCCAGAGAGCCGGGUGACAAUCCGGCAGUGGUCCCAGCCCAGGCUGAUUCCAGUGAGCUGCAGACCAAACACAGUCAGGACUUGACUGAUGUGUCGCCCGCCCAGGAGACCCUCUCACAGCUCUCCAGGUGGUCGUGGCAGCCAUGGUGAAAGCCGUACUCUGCCAGGUUCCCUGCAAAGGCCAGGAGAGAUGGCCGCCUCCAGGGCAUGGCGAGGUGAGCAGCUGCCCUUCGUGGGCAUAAUGACCCUCGUGGUUGUGGUCAUCACCCUACUGUUCCACACGCUCCUCUGGAAGGCCGGCAACCUCACAGAGCUGCCCAACCUCAGAAUCGGCUUCUACAAUUUCUGCCUUUGGGAUGAGGACAUCGGCUCCCUUCAGUGUCACCAGUUUCCAGAGCUGGAGGCCCUGGGGGUGCCUCGGGUCGGCCUGGCCCUGGCCAGGCUUGGUGUGUAUGGAGCCCUGGUGCUCACACUCUUUGUUCCGCUGCCUCUCCUCCUCGCCCAGUGCAAUGGCUCUGAGGGGGAGUGGCAGCUGGCGAUGGGCUUCCUGGCCAUGUCCUCCAUGAUGCUGGCCAGCGGCCUGGGUCUCUUCCUCUCCUUUGUGUGGAAGUGGGCCGGGCUCUCCCUGCUGGGGCCUGGCUUUCUGAAUCUGAUCCUGGCCCAGGCCUUGCUCAUCCUGCUGUUCAGGGCAACAAUUGUGUACCGUCCGGGGACCAAGGUAGACAAGAGCAAGCUUGAGGCCUGCUAGUCCUAUCUAAAGGCAGAGGUGAUUACAAGUGUUCAUCCCAGCGGUGCUCCGAGCAGGUGCCAGAGAAGCAUGGGCUGGCCCUUCCUCCCAGACAUCUUGUUGCAUAGCUAUCGCUGAUCUCAAGCUCCGGCAGAUGGACCUUUGUGGAGCACGUGGGGCCCAGGGUCCAGGAGACCAGAACAGUUGGGGUGAUAGGGUGCCUGAAGCUUCUUAGUGUAGGACUGUGUCCUUCCGAGGACACCCUAGAAACACGCAGCUCAUGGCCACAUGGAUUCUCACUUUCAUUAACCCACCUGGGUGAUUCUUGCUUUAAACUCAGGACGAGGGAGAAGGAAGGAGUCCUGUCAGGGAGAUUUCCGGACUGAUCUGCCAAAUCAGCAAACUGCAGCCCAGUGAAGGCUGAUGGGACCAUGCUGAGAGCACCUAGGGUCUCCAGGCCCUGGCUAGCAAGUGCCCGCUCCUGUUCUGUGCAAGUGGCCGUGUGGGCCGCUCCCAGGACUCCACUCCCAAAGGCCUAAGAGUGACCUUGGUGGGAUCCAACAGAGAAACACGCAGGGCAUGAAGGGACACCUCUGUGACUUUGAAGGGUCCCCUGAAAAGGUCCUCUGGGCCUGAAGCAGAUACUGUGGGGGGUCAGCUGGCCAACCACUACCACUGUGUAACUCAUGAGUUCAGGAGAGAAUGUCCCAGUCCUUGGGCAGGAGAAGGGAACUGGACUGAGUGGUUCCCCUCACUUCUCUAGCCGGAACUGUAAAGGACAGACGCAUAAUUCAUGUGAUGGGGGAUUUUGUAUAUUUUUCAGCAUCUACAUAUUAGAAUGAUUUCCUCAUUCCAUACCUGUCAAAAGCCGCACUGAAUACAGAGAUAGAAACACGG